ACUGCACACUUCCUGAAAACAUCAUUCAGUGUGAGCACAGAAUUCCAGAGCCAUAGGGCAGAACAAAGAAAGGAAUCAAAUAUAGAAGGAGAAAACUGCUCAUUUAGUUUAUCUUAAUAAACAGACAUUUGCAACUGAAAAAAUGCCUCCACCUCUUGUAAACAAGAGACCUAAGAAUGAAUCCACCACAAAUAACAACACGGGCACUCUCGAAGACCCUUUGAAAUUCUUGGAUCAGGACUACCAGGAGUUGAAGAAGUUCUGCAUCACAAAUCUAAAGAGAUUUGUUGAUGACAAGUUCCCUCCAGACAGCAGCUCCAUUGACCCAAAGAACAAACUUAAAUUGGAUCUGGACCAAAUCGAGUGGUUGAGACCAUCAAAAAUAGUGUCAGACCCUCAGCUCAUUGUACAGGGGGUGUCGAGGUUCGACUAUUCCCAAGGAUCUUAUUUAGGAAACUGCUGGUUUCUAGCUUCAGUUGGGGCUUUAACAUUUCAGAAGGAAAUCAUGGACCAGGUCAUGACAGCUGACCAGUCAUUUGGUAAAGAUUAUGCAGGGAUAUUUCACUUCAGAUUCUGGCGGUUUGGGAAAUGGAUUGACGUGGUCAUUGAUGACAAACUUCCAACAAUCAAAAGAAAGCUCAUUUUUGUACAUUCAAAGACAUCUAAUGAGUUUUGGCCUGCCUUACUGGAGAAAGCCUAUGCCAAGGUGUGCGGGUCCUAUGCUGACAUGCAUGCUGGUCGUGUAUCUGAGGCUCUGCUGGACUUCACCGGCGGCGUUCAUAUAUGCCUUGAACUAGAAAAACCUGUUACUGAUUUGUGGAGUCUGAUGGAACGUGCAGAGAAAUCUAAGGCUCUGAUGGCCUGCGGCACCCAUCAGGGGAAAAAAUCUGAGAAUAUAUUACCUAAUGGGAUUGUUCAAGGCCACGCUUAUACAGUGACGGGAGUUUUUAAGGUAACAUGUCAAGGAAAACCAGUGAGGCUGGUGAGACUGUUGAAUCCAUGGGGAACAGAAGAGUGGAAAGAUGCCUGGAGUGACAAGUCAUUAUUGUGGAACAAAGUGAGUGAGAAGGAACGAACAAUGUGUCGUUCUUUGGCCAAUGAUGGGGAGUUUUGGAUGUCAAUGGAGGACUUCACCAAAUACUUCGAAGACGUUGAUAUUUGUUGCCUCAGACCUGAUUUUCUGGACAGUUCCUCUAAAUGUACUUGGACAACUACACAAUACAAUGGUAUCUGGGAAUCUGGGACUACAGCUGGUGGCUGCAGCAAUAAUAAAGAGACUUAUUGGACAAACCCUCAGUUUCGGGUGAGGAUUGAGAAGCUUGAUGAGGAAUGUGCUAGCGGCCAGUGUCCUGAAAACAUACUGGUGUCCCUCAUGCAGAAACACGAAAACAGAUACAGAAGUCUUGAUUCUGACUACCCAAUUGGCUUCGAUGUUUAUCCGAUACCACCAGAGUUGAAAGAUGAAAAGUUCCCUGCCAAGUUCUUCUACCGCAGACGUCCUGUGGAAAGUAGUGGGAACUUCAUCAGGACAAGACAUGUGAUGAAAUUCUUCAAGCUUGAACCAGGAGAGUAUCUCAUUGUGCCCUCUACUUUCGAUCCUAAUGAGUGUGCAAAAUUCAUGCUGUCCAUCUUCACAAAGAGUGAAUCGCAUAGGAGAAGAACUAAACCUCCAAUGACAUAUGUGUGAGGUUAUUAUAAAUACUGUAAGUGUUUUGCUCAAAACAAAACUUCAACAGGUCAUGGUCAGGUCACCCUCCUACUACUUUCACCAGUUUACCAGUUUAGAUUUUUGAUUUCUGUAACAACUCAAAUAUGAUUUGGAGUAACCAAGCUGGUUAUACUGUUUUUCUUUUUCUUCUACACCCUU